AUGAAGCUUCUUAUUGUUGUUUUAUUGAUACUAGCAACAACUGCAAUUUCCAUCAACUCUAAAUGUACUGCAGAAGUAACCAAGCUCACCCCAAGAUUAUCCAAAUUAUAUGGAAAUGUAAAUGAAAGAAAAAUUGUUUCAAGUGUCAAGGAAUUAGUUGGAAUAUUGAAAUAAUUAGUUUAUGUAAAGAAAUCUUGUUCUGGAUCAGAAGGAGUCGAUUUGUCAACAUUUACAAAAAAAAUAGGAGUUUGUUUGAAAGGAGGUUUUGAUUUAGCUACUAAUGCUUAUAAAUCAUAUAAUGAAUUUGAAGAAGAUGGAUUCUCAGAUAUUCUUGUUGAUAGUUUAGUUGAAAUGUCACAUUUGGUGGAACCUGUAAUAACCAACUGCUGGGGAGAAGAAGUGAAAUCAGCCUUAGGAUUUGUUUUACCUGAUUAAUGCAUCACAGUCUUGGAUAAUGUUGCAUAGGUCUCACUUUAAAUUAUAGAAUAAAAAGAAAGACCAUUGAUGGUGACUAAGGGAUUAAUCAAUCUGUAGAAGAUUUUCAAAUAAUCUAAGAAGGCUUGUCCUUUUGUAGAGAGUUUAAUUCCAAAGAAGGAAGAGAAAGAGGAAGAUAGUGAGGAUAGCGAUUUUUCUGAUGAUGACGAUAAUGAUAUGGAAUCAUUGUUUGAACUAUUCUAAUGA